AUGUUAUCCACUGCUGCAAAUAAUAAAGUUAAAAACACAAGAGGAUUGGAUAGUUCCGAUGUUCCAGAUCGAAACGAAAGCGGACAAGAAAACAAAACGGAUGAUAAGGUCAGAGGUUAUGUUGGUACGUACGAUGGUUCAUCAUCCUUUGGCGGGCCGCACCGAGAUGGUAGAUUUCGAUCUCGGGGCCGUAUCACUGAGUAUAGGCAUUCUAGAGGAAGCGGGCGCGGUUGUGGACGGGGCCGUGGUGACUUCCCGCCAAGGCCUGAACAUGACGAAAAUUCCUACAAAUAUCACGAACCGUUAGGACAGUCCAGCAGUGACUCUUGGUCCCAAGGAAAUAAUAAAUUUUAUGAGAGAUCAGACCUCGUCGUAAAUCUACCUGAAGAUCCACGUAUAUCUAAGCUUUUGCGACGCCUUUGUGCAGAAGUUGAUGUGGAGAAGUCACUGGUUAUAUGCAGCAAGUUACAAGAUGCUGUAUUGUUGCCAGAAAAUGCACGAUAUAUACGAAGAUCUUAUGAUAUCUUAGUUGAGUCAUUAUUAGAUGUCUUAUAUGAUGCUCCCGGACCAGAAACUAAAGAGAAAGCAGCUGUUGUCUUGGGACGGAUUGGUUAUGUUAUGGGACAUGAUUAUAAGAAACAUUUGGAAUGGAUUGUCUCAACUUUCUCCACUCAUAACACAUCAAUAAAGCAUCUAUUGACUCUAUCUUUUUCUGAAACAUUUCAGUUGGACUUUCAAACACCAAAUUUGUCUGACUUUGCAGAGAUGACAUUGGAUAGGCUGCAGGUUAUUAUUGAAGGAACAGAUUCUGCUGAUGUUUUUAUGGCUGCUAUCAAUGCAAUGAUCAUUAUGUCAAAUUCAUACCCUGAACAUUUUGCUAAUCAUUUUGUAGACACUGUAGAUAUUCUUGUUGGAUGGCAUGUUGAUAAUGCACAGCCUAAAAAGAUAAAAGAUUUUGCUCUUCAGUCUCUAUUCAAAUUAAGCCGUCACUGGCAGGCUGAUGUUGGGUUUUCUGUCAAUCUAUUGAAUCAAUUUGUUGAGGAUAUGGUGGCAUAUACAAGUGAGCUUGAUACUAAUAAUCAAGAGUCUGAAUCAAACUCAAAUGAAGAUUGCAUGCAAAAAAUUGCAUCAUUUUUAAAUGUUUUCAAUACAGUAGUAAAGAGUUUGGGUACACUCCUUAACCCUACAGUCUCACAAACGGUCUCUUGGUCCUUCCUGACUGAUGCAAUGACAAAAAUAUUACAAGUUUUAAAUGAAGUAUUGAAGGAUGAUGCCGAAUCAGAUUUGAUAUUAGCAGGUAAUGAGAGUAUUACAUUACUACUUAGUUAUUUACAAAUGAAGGCCACACCCUGCUUGCCAGGAUUAUUUUUGUUGAUAACUCUGGAAAUGACUAAAUACUUACAUAUUGAAAAUACAGUUUGUCUUAGCAUUAUAGGUCUUAUUUCAAUAACCAUAAAAGAAAUUGCUUCUAACCUUCCAAUAGAGUUUAUAACUCAAACCAUUGGUCCUGAUUCAUUACUAAGGCCUUUGAGAUAUUCUGAGAACAUCAAAAUCCUGUCAAGUGUUAUGCUGGUUUACAGCAACUUGUUAAACUUGAAAAAUAUACCACUUUUGCAAGAAACCUAUAAGUAUGUUUUAAUGGAUAUUCAAAAUUCAUUCUCUGUCAUUUUACCUAAUAUUCAAAUUAUACCAGCGGAAUAUACUGAAGACAUCUCUGAGGAUGAUGCAGAAAAAAAUAUAUUGUUUUACUUACAGUGUUUGUCUGAUCUUGCAAAUGCCAGCAAUUCCAUUAUUGGUAUGUGGGCUCUAAAACCAAGCAUUUUAGAACUUUUGGCUAUUAAGAUGUGUCCACAUGAUGAAAAUUUGAUUAGAAAAAAGCCUGCUUUACAGUAUGCUGUAUUGUACUUAUUAUAUUCCCAUUGCAAGAAGAAUAAUCAUUUUAUUGCUUCAAGUGAUUUAGUCACUAAUACACAACAAAGGACAAGUGAUAUAUUUGGUCUUUCAAACCUAAACAUUGGUGAUGUUUCCAGUUCAAGCCCAACAUCUGGUCAUCUUGCUGUUAUACUGAACACAUUAAGCAUUGUCUUGGCAGAAAAUGUAACAAAGGAAACCUUAUUACUUGUUUUAACUUGGAUCUCAGAUAUUCUCUCUCAGCUGGAUAAGUAUUUGCCAAUUGUGAGUUUAUCCAAGGGUUUCUUGGUAUUAACUACUAACAUGUUAUCACUUGCACACAAUUUUGAUGAUGACAUUAUUCUCAUUGUUCUACAAAAUUGUCAGAAAUUAUUAAAAAAUAAAGGUUUGGUGUGGAAUGUGAUGUUACUGAAAACCAUGGCACUCAUAUGCAUUUUACACAUAGAUAAUCUUAAUAAAUCAGUGUCAAUUGUGUGCAAGGACAUUUUGUUCCAGCUGCCUUGGGAUGUUGUUCAACAAGAAUUAGAUAGACAGAUGGUAAAAGUAUUUACAUCCAAAAAGUUUAAUCUGACUGUUCUCAACUGUGACACAAAGUUAAAUGCUUUAAAAGAAUACCUUAUGAGAGGGUCAUUUAACACAUUGUCCAACACACAUUUUCAAGCUAUAAUUAAUUGUCUUCUGCAACAAACAACUAUUGACAAAAACCUAUUGAUUGAUACUUUUUUAGUCUCAUGGCCCAUACAAGGUCAAUAUCUGGAUGAACAAAAAUUAUUAUUUUUCCGUGAAUGUGCAACAAGUUUUUCUUCCAUUUGCAUCAGUUGGGCUCUUUCAGAGUUGGCACAGACUUGCAUAGCCCUUAAAUUGAGGACUGCUUUAGGGAAACCACAAGAAACUUUUAUGAAGAUUGAAGGUGCCUUAAAAAAUAUAGCAAGGGAUAUAUCUUCUAGUGAUACUAAAUACCUUGCAAGUGAACAACAAAAAUUACUUGAUGUCAUUCUUUCAGAACAGUUUAGAGCACGUUGGUUUAUUGAGUUCAUGACUUUCUUAGAAAAAUAUACAUAUAAUGCUGCUGAAGGUACUGCAACUGUAUUACCCGUUGCCAUUAAACCUGUAAGAACUUUUUUUCAUACGAACUGGUCUACAUGCCGUGAGUGGCAAAACAGAGUGCGUCCUGCUGCACUUGCUGUCAGUCUAUAUUCUGGCCACCUUGGAGCAGUUAUUUAUCAUGCUUCACUUAUUUUGCAAACAGCUGCUAAUUCCCAUACUAAUGUAGACAUUGAAGCUAUAAUGACUACUAUGGCGCAAGCUCUCAUUGAAAUUCAAGAACCAGAAGUCUUACAUGGUUUGUAUAUAUGGAUAAAACAAAAUUUUGAUAAAAAAAUCUCCUGGUUAAAAGGGGCUGCUGAACAAGCAAAUUCUCGGUAUGAAUUAGCCAUUGAAUUUUAUAAGAAAUUAUAUGUCACUGCUUCUAACUCAGAGAAUGACUCUACCACUACUACUGCUCUGUUAGAUGCAAAGUUGAAUAAAUUUGUUACUGAACAAAUUAUAGAAAGCUAUAAAAAUAUACAAAGUUGGGAAGAUAUGCAGCAAUGGAAACUUGCUGACCAAGAAAAUAAAAUAGAUCUACAAUGGGAUUCUUUUACAGCCUUAAAUAUAUUUGAAAACAGUCCUGAGAUUCCAGAACAACUAGCUGACUGGGAUGUUUUGCGACUGAAUACUACUGAAAUAUCAAAAAAUGCUUGCUCAUACCAAGCUCUUCUCAACAAGAUUGAAUGCACACUUGUGUACACAGCGUUAAACUAUUAUUAUAAUGAUUAUGAUGAUAAAUAUGAUGCUAUGCUUAGAAAUUGUAAUGCACUGCUUAAUGCUAGUGCUGAAGAAUUCUCAAGAACAAAUGCUGUGCACUUUUUGAAAGAAAUUGCUGUGUUACAAUUGGCAAAUCAUGGACUGACAAGUAUUAUAAAGAAUGGAAAGGCAAUAUUAAAUCCAUUCAAACCAUCUGUUGUCAAAGAACUUAAAUAUGGAACUGAACUUAAAAAUUUAACUAGAAUUUUGUGGUGGAAUCAAUAUUUCACAAAAUUGAACAUGACUGAAGAAAACAUAUUCUACACAGAAUGUCUAAGGCUAGAUGUUAUCAAAAGCGCAAGGAAAAACACGAACCUGGGCAUGGCUAAAAGAGAGCUAUUGAAACAUUUCAAACAUAACCCUGCAUUCCAAAUGUGCAUCGUCAAUGUGAAUAGUUUGGAUGAGAUAAGUGAUAUACUUCUCAUGUCUAAUAAUACCUAUGAUUUAGACAUUUGGACUUUGAAUAAUGCCAAUGCUCUGGCAGAACUUUGCAAAGUUACUUAUGCAAAAGAAGAGACAAGAGUGCGUGCCAUUAACUUAUGUGCAAAUAUUUCUCUCGGCUUUUCGCAACGUCUGGCUAUGGGCGAACAAAGUUAUGAGCUGAGAGAAAAAGGUACAAGACUGCUCCUAACACUCUCUAAAUGGGUGCAGAGUGAAACUGACAAUAUAAUAGAAAGUGAUUCGCCCUUAAUGAAACUAGUGUCGGCAUUGCCCGAGAUUGGCCUUGUAGAUAAUAAUAUUUCGGAAAAUGUUAUUCCACUUUCAGAUUCUGCAGUCGGGAAACUUUUACAAUUUGGAGUUAAUCAAUGCCCAGGCUUAGCAAAAGCAUGGGCGAGCUUUGCCUCAUGGUGCUUUAGAUGGGGCCGUAAAAUGGUUGAAUUUAGCUCCAAAACAAGGGAGCAACUUACUGAUAAUGAUAAAAUACAAAUAGAAGGGGUUAUGAUUGGAUGUUCGCCCCAAGAUUUUGAGGCUGUGUGUGAGAUUUUAUCUAAAACUAAAGCUACUUGCGAUGAUGAAGACAUUGAUUGGAAUGAAAUCAACACUUCCGAAAUGAUUGAAAAUCAGUUACGUACAGUCCCUUCGUUAAAUAACGCUUUUCCGGAACAUCUGGCUUUACUUGUUGAUAUUUGGCGCCAAGCCCAGAAGAGAGUAUUCUCAUACUUUGAACUAUCAGCUGACGCUUACUUUAAAUUUCUGCAGCUUAUUUGUGCCUCAGAUUUUAUAAACCACAGUGGAGAAAAUGCAGUAGUAAAUGCUACAUUGAGACUUUUAAGAUUAAUUGUUAAACAUGCCAUGGAGUUGCAAACGGUACUCGAAUCAGGCUUAGCAAAUACACCUACACAGCCUUGGAAGGUUAUCAUACCUCAACUGUUUAGUAGACUUAAUCAUCCCGAAACAUAUGUGAGAAAAUGCGUUUCUGACUUGCUUUGUCGAUUGGCAGAAGAUACACCCCACCUCAUUACAUUCCCAGCAGUUGUUGGUGCAGUUGAAAAUGAACAAAACAGUUUGACGGAAUUAAGUGUUCCCAGAUCUUACUUAUCUAAUGAAGAUGCUGAAAGUGAGGAAGACAAUCUUGAGUUGGAAGAUACUGGAAGUGAUAAGCUAACUAAUAACGAAUUGAACUCCUGUUUCUUGGACAUGGUUGAAACAUUGGCAAAACAAGCCCCAAAAACAAUUCUUCAAGUGAAAUUGUUAGUAAAGGAAUUACAACGAAUAAAUUUACUAUGGGAUGAAUUAUGUCUAGGUACAUUGGUUCAGCAUCAUUCCGAGUUUAAUAAACGGCUCACGCAAUUAGAGACAGAAAUUGCGAAGGUUAAAAAUAAUGUAAAUCUGUCAGUGGAGGAAAAGGUUAAGCUUAUUAAAGAAAAACAUCGCAUUAUAUUUGAACCGAUUGUAUUUGUGUUAGAACAGCUUCAUCAAAUCACAUCAGCCAAACCUGAGACGCCCCACGAAACUGCCUUCCAAACUAAAUUUCAAGCUCUCAUCACCGAUGUAAUAGAUAAAUUUAAAAAUCCCACAAAUCCUGAAAAGCCUCAAGAGUCAUGGACUUCAUUAAAACAGUUACAGAUAAAACUGCAACAGAAAGUUAAUAAACGAACAUCUUAUAUUUUGAAAAUGUCUGACAUCAGCCCUGUUUUGGCAGAGAUGAAAAAUACUGUGAUUACAAUGCCUGGAUUACAUACAAAUCAAAGAACAGUUAGAGUAACUAUAAAAUCCAUCGAGAACAACGUUGCUAUUUUGCCAACAAAGACAAGGCCUAAGAAACUGGUCUUUUAUGGAUCAGAUGGAAAAUCUUAUACAUAUCUCUUUAAAGGUUUAGAAGAUUUGCAUUUAGAUGAAAGGAUUAUGCAGUUGUUGUCUAUAACAAAUACAAUGCUGGCUCGUGAUUCUGAAAACAACGAUAAUCAAACAUACAGAGCCCGCCAUUACUCUGUCAUUCCUUUGGGUCCUCGGUCUGGCUUGAUUAGCUGGGUGGACAAUGUAACACCACUUUUCGCUUUGUAUAGGCGUUGGCAAAAUCGGGAAGCUGCAAUUCUCAUGGCGAAAACCAACAAGACAAUUAAUGUGCUACGGCCCUCGGAGCUUUUCUACAAUAAACUUAAUCCUUUGCUAAAAGAAGCCGGAAUAUCAACGGAAAACAGAAAGGAUUGGCCUGUCGCCAUCCUCAAGCAAGUUUUACAAGAGUUGACAGCGGAAACACCUAAGGAUCUGUUGUGGAGAGAGUUGUGGUGCAGCAGUGUCUCUCCUGAGCAAUGGUGGCAGAUGACGCGACGCUACAGCUACUCUGUUGCCGUAAUGAGCAUAAUCGGCUAUAUAAUAGGCCUUGGUGAUAGACAUUUGGACAAUGUAUUAGUGGAUUUGACAUCUGGUGAGGUGGUACACAUAGACUAUAAUGUGUGCUUCGAGAAAGGCAAGACGCUGCGAGUUCCGGAGAAGGUGCCGUUUCGAAUGACGCCCAAUUUGGUGACGGCUCUCGGGGUGACUGGAGUUGAGGUGAGUACUUUUAUAAUAUUAUGCUAUGAUUUAUUUUUUUGUUAA